GAUGUCCUUCGCAGUUCUCUCUCUGCAGGUUAAACAUGGCUGCGCUCUUACGAUCAGCCCGGCUACUUAAAUUUUCACCUCCUUCAUUGCUUCAAGUCAUAGGAAGCAGCAGACAUGGACCAGCAGCUGGUCGGAUGUACAGCGGAGCAGUCGCGAUUAAAUGUGUUGGGUCUCGUGGCCGACAGACAGUCUCGGGACGGUUUAACGUAAACAGUCUAUUGUCAUACAGAUCAGCUUUGCCCUGUGCAAGCUGUCGUCAGUAUGCAGUGGCCACAGAACAGAGGGGUCCACUGAAGGAUGAACCCAGUCUGGCGGUCCGUUCCAAGCAGGCUCAGCAGUUUGACUGGGCUCUGGCAAAACUGGACAGCUCAGUCCGAAGGACAGGCAGGGUCACAAAAACGCUUCUUCUGCGCAUCUUUCAUGACGUUUGCAGAACAGGGUAUCCCAGUGGAAAUCAAGCCCUGUUGUUGCUCAGAAGCUGUGGAUCUCUGCUGCCCGAGGUUCCUUUGGCUGAACGCACAGAGCUGGCUCAACGUAUCUGGGAUAAGCUUCAAGAACUUGGUGCCACCUAUGAUGUGAGCCAUUAUAACGCCCUGCUCAAGACUUACCUGCAGAAUGAGUUUAGUUUCUCUCCAACUGAUUUCCUUUCUAAAAUGGAAGAAGCCAAUGUUCAUCCAAACAGGGUUACCUAUCAAAGACUUAUUGCAGCAUACUGUCAACAUGGUGACAUUGAAGGUGCAAGUACGAUCCUGGGCUUUAUGAAGAGCAAAGACCUGCCAAUCACAGAGGCUGUAUUCAACUCCCUAGUGACAGGCCACGCUCGGGCAGGGGACAUGGAGAGCUCUGAGGGCAUCCUGACAGUCAUGAAAGGAGCAGGGAUUGAGCCUGGCCCAGACACGUAUCUUUCUCUCCUCAAUGUCUAUGCUGAGAAUGGCGAAAUUGCCAAAAUUAAAGAGACUCUAGAGACAGUGGAGAAUGCUGAUAUCCAUCUGAUGGACAGAGAUUUGAUGCAGGUUGUUUUCAGUCUAACCAAGGCCGGCCAUCAGCAGUCCGUACCCGAGGUUGUGGAGCGCAUGCGCCAUGAGAGAGGAUAUGUACCAGAUGCUAUGAACCUCUGCCUGAGUCUGAUAACCCAGGGUCAUGAGGACACUGCCUACUCUGUGCUGAAGAGCUUCACAGGCCUGCAGGCAGAGUCACAGAACAGCGAUUCUCCGGACUUGGGAAACUUCUUCCUCCGUCACUGUGUCAAUAUGGACAAGUCUGUGGAAAAGAUGGCUGGAUUUUGCAAAGAUCUAAAAGAUUCUGGUCUGCACUCUACACCACUGCAGUUCACACUUCAGUGUGCCCUUGAAGCUAAGAAAACUAGUAUGUCUAUUGAGCUGAUGAGGAGGAUAAAGCAGGAGGGCUUGCCUGUCAGACCUCACUACUUCUGGCCUCUGUUUACUCAUCACCAAAAAGACAAAAAUAUUCCUGCUAUUCUGGAAGCUCUGAGAGGCAUGCAGGAGCUGGACGUCCCAGAAGAUGUUGAAACUUUCACUACAUAUAUCCUGCCCUCGUUUCCCUCCGUAGACAGCGCUCUUACUGCUCUCAAGGAAGCCGGCUUUGACGUGAACACGGAUAGCUUGAUUGCGGCAGAGUUACGAACCGAAGCAUCUCGUGGAAAUUUUGAAGGGCUGCUGUCUCUGAUGUCUUCGCCAACUCUCCCAGCCAUUGACCUUAGUGCUUUCAGAUCCAGUCUACUCUACGGAUUCAGAGGGUUUCAUAAUGUGGAGCUUAUGGCAAAGAUUACAGAAAUUCUCUAUAAAGACAGUCGGUUUAAUCGGGUUGACCCUGAAAGUUCGGAAAAUGUGGCCUACUUUUUAUACAACCUGAUUGAUGCCAUGAGUGAGACAGAAGUCCAGUCCAAAGAAGAGAAGCUUAGGGAAUACUUCGGCCUGCUCAAGAACAUGAAUAUCACCAUAUCGCUGAAUAUCUUUAGAGGAAUUCGAAACAUUCUGGAGUCUUACCAUGUUCCAGAGCUUAUCAAGGAUGUCCUUGCUCUCGUGGAUAAAAAAGAUAAUGGAGCGGUGACCGAUGCAUUUCUUGUUAAAGGUUUGGAUGGGAGAAUGUCGUUUUUGGAAAAGACCCUGCCAGAAUUGAAAGCUGAGGGAAAACCUGCUGAUUCCAUCCUCAAAAAGAUCAUUGCGAUCCUCUGUACUGAGGAGAAACUGGAGCGAGCGCUAGAGCUGAAAGCUCAGUAUGAAGACGAUAUGACUCCUGCCGCAUACGCCAUGCUCAUCAACCUGUGCUGCCGCCAUGACAAUGCUGAGGAAGCCCUAAACCUUAAGAGAGAGUUGGCUCGCAAAGACUCUGAGGUUGCAUUGGAUGCUCAAAAGUACAUAGCCUUGGUCCGAGUGCUGUCCAAGCACGGCAAACUGGAAGAGGCUGUGGACAUGCUGAAGGAGAUGAAGGAGAAGGAUGUGCCAUUAAGGGACGGCACCAUUAAUCUGCUAACCCUCACAAUGAACGCCGCUGCCUUGAAAGGAGAUGCCACUACUGUCCGACGUCUCCAGGAAACCAUCUUUUCCCUUGGCCUGGCCAAACCAUCCAAUAACCUCUGCGCGCCCCUCGUCACUUGCUUCCUGGAGAGUGGGGAUUACGCAGGUGCGUUCGAUGCUGCGGUGGAGUGCAAUAAACAGUACAAUCAGAUGCCCAAAAUCCAUGACCUCAUCUGCGGCCUGGUGGAAAAGGGAGAUGCUGAGCUUUUGCAAAAGGUCAUGGAGUUUUUGAGCCAGGAGCGAGGUGAGAUGAUGAUGCUCUACGACCUUUACUUUGCGUUCCUGCAGACGGGCCGCUACAAGGAGGCUCGCAAAAUCAUUGAGACUCCUGGACUAAGGGCACGACCAGCCCGUCUGCAGUGGUUUGCAGAGAAAUGUAUCUCAGCCCAACAGAUGGAGCCCCUUGAGAACUUGGUGGACAUGACUGUCAAGCUGUUCGAGUGUGAUAGAGACGAUAUGUACCACUAUUUGUUCCGACUGUGCAAGGAAACCAAUGACUGGCGUAAGGCUGAAGCAGCCUGGACUAAAAUGCAGGAGGAGAAUAUGAUUCCAAGAGAGAGGACCCUGCGUUUGCUCGCUGAUAUCCUUAAAAGCAAUAACCAGGAGGUGCCCUUUGAGGUUCCUGAGUUGUGGUUUGAGGAGGUUAAGGGUCAGCCUGAGAUGCUGAUGGAGAAAGAGGUCAAAUUCAGUUCUAUGCCUCAGACCUCACCUCGCAGGAGGACCACCACCUCUUCCCCCAAAGAGGCCACUGCUGAUGACUACAGACUCAAAAUUCUUUCUCUCUGUAAGAGGGAAAAAGUUCAAGAGGCCUGUGAUGUUUUGAGGGAGGCAGAAAGCAGGGGCAUUGUUUUCACUCCUGCUCCAUAUGAUGCCCUCAUCAAAGCCCUGCUGGCCAGUGGAAACAUUGAGGAUGCCAAAGCUGUUCAAAACAUUGCCACCAAUCACAUCCCUGAUUUUAAAUUAAGCGACAUGGCCAGCAACCUCCUUAUCGUCACUCAGGUGAAAAGAUCCCAGACGCGAGAUGCUUUAGAGACUCUUAAGGGGAUGUUACAGUCUGAUCAGGUGCCCAGUCAGUUGGCCAUCACUCGACUGGUCCAGGGUCUCGGGAGUGAAGGAAACGCACAGGGGAUCAAAGAAGUGGAAGCCAUGAUUAAUACCUUAGGCUCCAUCAAGUUAUCCAGCAUGUUGUUUGUCAACAAUACCGCUUUAUCUCACAUCAAAAAUGGAAACAUUGACGGUGCCGUGGAGCUAUUGGAGUCUGUGUACACCCAAAACACAGAUGCCGGUCCGAAUCCCAGCAUUUCCUUCGUCUUCCGUAAAGUUUUAGAGGCCAACAAUGAAGCUGCGCUGGAUAAACUGAGUGCCAUGGCCGAAAGGCUCUGCAAUCACUUCGCCUCAUACAGGGCUGCUACAGACCUCUUCAUAAUGUAUUUGGACACGGGCAGGACAGACGAGGCCAAGUUUCUCUUGCAGCGUUGUGCUGCCGUCACCGAACAGAAGGACGUCAUAUUCACAUUUAUGCUACGAGCCGCUCAACGUCCAGGACAGGCUGCUAAAAUCAAAACUCUAUCAGAGUUGAUUCCUGACUUCACAGAAAAGGAAAACGUCUAUUCGUAUCUGGUAAAGUGCUAUGGUUUGGAUAAGGACUUCGAGUCGGCAAAGGCCGUCUAUGAGAAGAUGCAGAACGAGGGGGUUAAAGCUGAUGAACUGACAUUGAAGAGAUUGGCCUUACUGUACAGAGAAGCUGGCGAAGCCGUUCCCUUCCAAGAACCUCCGGAGUCAUUUAAGUUUUAUGCUGAUAAACUGAAGCAGCAGCGAUCCGAGUCUGUGGUACCUGCGGAUGACUAGAUGAUGAACUUUCCUUUACUUUUCCUCCAUUAAACUUUUUUAUAUAUAAAAGAUGUGCAUCGGUUCUGUGUUAUACUGUGAUUGUCUGUUUGUUUGUUUGUUUUCCGGCCGUUAAUAAUGAUUUCAUGAUGUUAUGGUUAACAUGAUGUUGUGUACAUAGGUAUUUAUGCAAAUAAAUGUAAACAUACAUUCUCA